GUUGUUUUGUGGCUUGAAAUUUUUUGUGAGUAGAUGAGUACAGCUAGUGAUUUUACCAAUGAUUUGGAAUUGGAGAAGAAAUUUAUUGCUUGGUGCAACUUGACUGAAGAAAUUAAAAAAAAAGAAAUGAAUUCAGCAGAACUUAGAAAAAUGCUUGAUUCGUUAAAACUCUACAAUACAAAAUUUACGUCGACUGACACCGACAUUGCAUUUAAGGUUGUUUCGAAAAACGGAAGAACCAUCAAUUAUCAAUCAUUUGCGUCUUUGUUAAUACAGUUAAGUAAAAAGAUUUCGCCUGAAAUAAUUGCCAAUAAAAUGAAAGAAUCUCCACGUAUUUUCGCUAAAAAAAUUACAUCGAAAACAGGAAAUGUUGAUAAGAUGACAGACUCUUCACAAUAUACUGGAAGUCACAGAGAACGAUUUGAUUCUGAAACCGGGAAGGGUAAAGGAAUAGAUGGAAGAAAGGACUUGAAAGAUAAUAGUGGCUAUGUCACUGGAUUUAAGAAAAAUUAAAUUAGUCUUCGUUACAUUUAA